AUGGUUUUGAGGAAUAUGCUUAGUCAAAACACAGAACCCAAACUAUUUUUAUAUACUGGUCAUGAAAACAAUAUCAACAAUAUCUUAUUUGCGAUGGGAAUAGAAGAACCACAUUUUCCAAACUACAGUGCUACAGUAGUUUUUGAAUUGCACUCUCUCGAAAUCGAAAACCGGACAGAAUUUGCAGUGAAAGUAGUACAUAUAAAUGGUCCAGAUCAGAACUUCGUAGUGAAACAACUGAAAGGAUGUGACGUAUUAUGUCCACUGAACAAGUUCCAGGAGCUCACUAAAGAUGUCGUUCCUGUGAACUACACUAGAGAAUGUGAAUCAACAAAAAAUCUAGAUGCAUGA